AUGAGGGCCACGACGGUUGCCGCAGUCCGCAAGGGUCUGCGGCGCGUCUUCCCUUGCCGGUCUUUGUGUUUGUGCAAUACUCUUGCUGGACGUGGACGACAUUGCGCCGCCUCGACCUGGUCAUCGUCGCCAAAAUGGCCAAUCUCGCCAACCCCCCCGAUCAAAAGACGAGCAUCCACCGCCGUUCCUGGUCGCCAAGACAGGCAGUGGUCAACACCGCUGGCCAAGCAGCUGUUCGAAGCGAUAUCGACAACGGGCCCUGUGCCUUUGGCGGCCUACAUGCGCAUGUGCUUGACCGGAGACUUGGGCGGCUACUAUACUGGCGCGAUUGGCCUCGGCCGGGAUCAGUUCGGCGUCGAGGGCGACUUCGUCACGUCUCCCGAAAUAUCCCAAAUCUUCGGCGAGCUCGUCGGCGUGUGGUUCAUCGCCGAGUGGAUCAGUCAAGGCCGGCCCAGGCAAGGCGUCCAGCUAAUCGAGGUUGGACCUGGUCGUGGCACCCUGAUGGACGACAUGUUGAGAACCAUGAAGCGAUUUCCGGCCAUGCUUGAUAGCCUCGACUCGGUGUUUCUGGUCGAGGCGAGUCCCGAGCUUCGUGAUGCCCAAAAGAGGCUGCUUUGCGGACCUGAUGCCCAAUUCACGUCGGGCCAUGUUGGCACGCGGGGGCAUGAAAAGCACGCAGGAAAGCCCAUCGUAUGGACCGAGAGCAUCAAGUCCAUUCCCCUUGAGGCAGACAAAGUGCCAUUCAUCGUAGCUCACGAGUUUUUCGACGCCUUGCCCAUUCAUGCAUUCCAAUCAGCGCCAGCCGAACCACCCAAAUCCACAGCCAGUCGUCUCCCCGAGCAAGAUCGCGUCGCCAGCGCCCCUGCGAACCCAACCUCGACGCCACAACCACCUCGUUCCGAGUGGCGUGAAAUGAUGGUUUCCCCUGUAAACCCAGCCGCCAUCCCUGCCGCUCAAGCCAGGUCCAAAGCCGACGGCUGCUCGCAUGAGGCCCCCGACGAAUUUCAGCUUAUCCUCUCGUCCAAGCCAACGCGACACUCGCGAUAUCUACCCGAAACAUCCCCCAGAUACCGAAAGCUGAAGCAGGCUCCUGGCUCCGUCAUCGAAAUCUGCCCCGACGCGUCCCUCUACGCUGCCGAGUUCGCGCGCCGAAUAGGGGGAUCUGCUCUAUUCCAAAAGCCCACGCCAAGCGGUGCCGCCCUGAUACUGGACUACGGCACGUCCGACACCAUCCCGGUCAACUCCCUGCGGGGCAUUCGAAACCACAAACUCGUCAGCCCCUUUUCAGCCCCGGGCAUGGUGGACUUGAGCGCCGACGUGGACUUUACAGCCGUUGCGGAAGCUGCCACGCGCGCUAGCGACGGCGUCGAAGUCCACGGCCCCGUGUCUCAGGCCGACUUCCUGGAACGCAUGGGCGUCAGGGAGAGGGCGGACGUGCUGGUAAGGGCCGCCCGCGCCAAAAAUGCCCCGGUAGACGCGAUUGAAAAGUCCUGGAAGCGGCUUGUCGACCGCGGCCCGAAUGGCAUGGGGAAGACCUAUAAAGCUUUGGCGAUAUUGCCCGAGAACAAUGGCAGCAGACGCCCGGCAGGCUUCGGAGGGGACGUGGCGCGGUAG